AGAUGAAAUGCUUUCUACAUCAUCUUCUGAUGAAUCACAACGAGAAUUUCAUGAAAAUGUUGCGUCAACUCACACUACUGAAAGAAGAGUUUCAACAAGAACGAACAAAAGCGUCCCGCCUAAAAGAUAUGGGUGUAAACUUUCCUAUGACCGUCUGAGGGAACAGGUUUUCCUGGGGGAGGAUCCUUCCAAGUUACAGUUUGGCAGUGCGACCGUCUACAAGGGAGUGAAGGUCAUCUGCUGCGAAAAUGAGGAGUCAAAGAACUUCCUCGUGACCGCAGUAGCUGGCCUUCAGGAACUUUGGGAUGGAAGUGCACUUGCUGCUGUAUCCCUGAAGGAUAUCCCCUGCAGGAGGAUUUUAACAGCAUGGGUGCCGCCGCCCUCUGUGGACCCGGCACGCGUGCUGAUAAUAUUGGGGAAGCAGAAUCCCAAUCUCUGCACGGACGGCUGGCGCUUAGUUGGCUCAAGUACGGAGGGAGGGGGCCUGGUCAUAAAAGUCUCUGUUGAUACUGCUGGCCAGGAAUACCUUCAGGCUCGUGGAGGGAAGUUGCACUUCGGCACAGGAUGGAUUCGGUUCCGUCUAACGCCGUCGUCGCAGUAGGAGAAACGAAGCCACAGCUGCUUAGCAUUGUGCAGAUUAACCUGCAUCACUGCAAGGCAGCUGGGGCUGAGCUUCUCCUAUCCCUCUCCAAGCUUGAAGUUGACAUAGCCCUGGUCCAGGAACCUUAUAUUUUUAAGAAUAAGGUAACUGGGCUAGGGAGUGAGCGGUACAUCACCUAUGCCACCUCCAAUGGGGAAAAGGUUAGAACGUGUAUCGUCGCAAAGAAAAACUUAAACUUAAUCUUCCUUAACAAUUUCAGCGGAGGAGACGCCACGGCGGUCAGACUGGAGACUAGGACGGGCAAAACACUAUUCCUCGUCUCCCUGUACCUUCCCUUCGAGCACCCCGACCCACCAGGCCAAGUGGUAGAGGAGCUGGUCUCAGUACUGGGUGGAAAAGGCGGACUCAUCAUUGGAUGUGAUGCAAACGCUCACCACUCUCAAUGGGGCAGUAGUAACACCAAUGCCAGAGACUAGGAUGAUCACAAUGGGCCAAUAGGUCUCCGAGUGGAGUGGUUGUUGUUUUUACGCAACCACACAUCCUUUAACCUAACCUAAACUUUCCUAUGCAAAUGAUCCUGUUUCUUACAAAGACGCUGUAUCUAGAUCCGACAGUAAAGAGUGGGUGAAAGCCAUGAAUGAUGAAAUCAAGUCGCUACAUGACAACCAAACAUGGGAUCUUGUGGAAAUGCCUAAAGGACACAAGUUGAUUGAUUGUAUGUGGGUUUUUAAGGUAAAGAAAACCAUUAAUGACAAAGCCAAGUACAAGGCCAGAUAUGUAGCAAAAGGGGUAUUCCCAGAAGUACGGAGAAAACUAUGAUCAAGUGUUUGCGCCCGUGGUAAAGCAAACAACUUUUAGCACUCUAUUGGUAGUGGCAAGCUAUAAAAAUAUGAAAGUGAAACACAUUGAUGUUAAGACAGCUUUCCUCAAUGGCGAGAUAGAUUCUGAAAUUUAUAUAAGACAACCAGAAGGCUUCAUUGAAAAGGGCAAAGAAAAUUUGGUAUGCAAAUUAAAAAGAAGCAUCUAUGGUCUAAAACAAUCAGCUCGCUGUUGGAAUCUGCGAAUUAACAAUGUUUUAGUUAAUUCUGGAUUCAGAAGGGGAAAGCUGAUCCGUGCCUUUACGUAAAAGAAAAGAACAAUUCAACUGUAUAUGUCUUAAUUUACGUAGACGAUAUAAUUAUUGUCAGCGAAAGUAACGAGGAAAUUAAAAAUGUUGCUAAAAAAAUAAAGCAAAAUUUUGAAAUAACUGAACUAGGUGAUAUAAAAUUAUUUUGGGAAUUGAAGUUACACGGAACAAAGAAGGAGUUUUCUAUUUAUGCCAAGAAAAUUAUAUUACUAAGAUGUUGCAAGAAUUCGGACUAUCUGGUGCAAAAACUUCUUCAAUUCCAAUAGAUCCGGG